AUGAGAUACAAGAACUGGGUAGAGAAGGAGAAGGAUAUAUUAUAUUGCCCCGGAAUCCCGGGUGCGGGGAAGACAAUCCUCACAGCUACCAUUAUUGAGGAUCUUACCUUGCGGUAUCAGAACAACCAAAAUAUUGGCAUUGCAUACAUCUAUUGCAACUUCCGCCGAAAUGAUGAACAAAGGGCAGAAGACUUACUUGCAACCCUCCUAAAGCAACUAUGCCAACAUCGGCCGUCUCUCCUAGACAGUGUUAGACUGCUUCAAGCCGAUACACUGAAGGCCAAUAGAACAAAGCCAACGUCGAAUGAAGUUGCAGAAACUCUUCAUGAGGUUGCCUCUAUGUAUUCUCGAGUGUUUAUUAUAAUCGAUGCACUCGAUGAAUGUCAAGUGAAGGAUGGCUGUCGCAUAACAUUUCUAAACGAGCUUUUAACCAGGACAAAUCUGUUUGCGGCCUCAAGGCCGAAUCCAGAUAUCGAGCUGAAUUUCAAAGGCUGGGAUUGGUGCAGGAUCAGUGCAAGUGAGGACGACAUCCGUGCAUAUAUAAAUGGAAAUAUGUGGCAAAUGUUGGGAUUUGUCCAAACAAGAUCAGAUCUUAAGGAUGCGAUUGAGAAGGAUAUCACAGCAGCAGCACAAGGAAUGUCUGAUCCAAUUAUCCAUUCCAAGAAUCCCGACUACUGA